AUGGCCAUAUCCAGGACCUACCUCAUCGUCCUCCUGGCCUCGCAGAUCCUCUCGGGUGUGUCGGUGUCUGUCAUUCUUCUGGUGGCGUGCACCGUCGACCUCGAACCAAAAACGUCGUUGCUCAACCUCGUGGCUUCGACGACUGUCCUGCACUUUCUUCACUUGUUCGCGUCCGUGGCCAGAACCAGCGAAAACUCGUUGGUGGGUCUACGGUGGUAUCUCCUGGCCAGCUGGGUCAUCUCCACCCCCGUCAACUUUGGGCUUUGGUCCAUCAGUCAAAAAGGCGCGGGAUUUUCCCUCGCGUGUCAAUGUAUCUGCCUCUUCAACGCCGUCCUUGUUCAUAAACUGGACUUCCUUUGGGAACAUCACCACUCCGCCCUGGGAGGUUUACUUCCUCUCGCUGUCCGGAUUUUCCGCAUCUCUGUCUGGGCUGAACUCCUCCUCUUUGGUCUGGGAGUCUUGAUCUUGUACGAAUGCCACGGCACCGCAGUGAUCUGGGGAUACCCCAUCAUCACUCUCGUCCAGUACUUCGUACCUCUCGUCGUCGCCUGGUGUUGCGUGAGGACAAAAACAACUCGGACAAAGGCCAAACUCACCGCCGUGAGCUUUUGUUUUGGCGCUUGGAUGACAUGGUCCAUUGUCGGUCUGGGGCUGGGUUUUCAUUUCCAUUGGGAUGUGUUGUUCUACAGCCUGUUCAUUCCGCUCGUCAUGGCCAUCCCGUUCAGCAAUGGUCUCGGCCUGUUCAGUCAUAUCGGGCGUUUAGAGAAGUCAAGGAUGUCGUCCGAGGUCACAACUACUGCCGGUGUCUCUAAGGUUUUCCCCCCAAACGAGGACGGCAAGACUGGGGAUGGCGUUCAGAGUAGGGAAAUGAGAAAGUUGUUCAAAAGGCUUGACGAAUACAAGUUUGAUGGAAGGAAUGGAUCUGUCGCAGCGCCAGAACAAGUACAUGUGGCGCCUGAGCGCAUCAACGACCCGGAAUCAUCACCCGUUACCGUCUUCUACAAAGAAUAUCCGGACGAGUAUGCCAUGUCGAUGAUCUCAUCAGCCGACAGGAAUUGCUCUUUCUCGACUAUAUCUAAUACGUUUGGAAUUAGUAGAGUCAACAGUGCGACAGGGCUGCUGGAGAAAUAUCGCAAGACAUAG